GCCGGGGCCGGGGGGUGGGACCAGCCCGGCGAUAAAACGGCGGCGCGGGCGGGACGGGACGGACGGAGGGAGCGAAGCAGCGGCGGGGCCGGUGCCGAGGGAGCGGCGGAUCCCGGGAACCGCUCAUUCCCCCCUCGCUCCCCUCCCUGCGCCCCCCAGGCCGGCAGCCGCGAUGCCCAACUUCUCCGGGAACUGGAAGAUGAAGAGCUCGGAGAAUUUUGAGGAGCUGCUGAAGGCGCUGGGAGUGAACGUGAUGCUGAGGAAGAUCGCGGUGGCGGCGGCGGCCAAGCCGGCCGUGGAGAUCCGGCAGGACGGGGAGAGCUUCUACAUCCGCACCUCGACCCCCGUGCGCACCACCGAGAUCCGCUUCAGGGUGGGCGAGGAGUUCGAGGAGCAGACGGUGGAUGGGCGGCCCUGCAAGAGCCUGGCCAGGUGGGAGAGCGAGAACAAGAUGGUGUGUGAGCAGCGGCUGCUCAAGGGCGAAGGGCCCAGGACAGGCUGGUCCCGGGAGAUGAGCAACGACGGGGAGCUCAUCCUGACCAUGACGGCCGAUGACGUUGUCUGCACCAGGGUCUACAUUCGGGAGUGACUCCCCAGCUCAGCUGACCCCCUCCCCAAUAUCCCCUCUCCCCCACCCCGUGUCCCCUCAAUCCCCUGCACUCAUCCCCCUGUCACAGGGGGGGUGUUGCAUCCCCCCGCGGGGGUACAGCAGCGAACCCCCUUUUUUUGGGGGGUCACACACACACGGAUUUCCCUCCCCCUGCAGGGCGGGGCUCUCCGGGAGCAGCGGAAUCUCCGGUCCCGUUCUGGCCCCGCUCUGCUGCGCUCGGGGCCUGGCGCGGAGCCGGGGUGCGGCGGGGGGUAACGCGGCCCCUCCCUGCCUUUUGGGCUGGUUUGAGCUGGUUUGGGUUCGGGCUGCUGUUGGUUCCCGCAGCCCCCAGCCCUGCCCCGCGACCCCUCCCCAGUAUUUAUUUGUGAAUAUGGUACCAGAUGGGAACACCAAACCCCCCCAGCAUGGGGCAGUGCCAGGUCCCAGCCCCCGCCAGGGUCCAACCUCCCUCUGUUGCCUCCCCCCUUU